CAGCUCUGGGAGCAGGUUGGUUGAUUCCUACCUGGUGGGAGGUGGGGGAGGGGUGCCGUGUGCCUUCCAAGCCUGCCCCCACCCCCAUUCUCCCGCCAGGCAACCGUUGGUCUGGCUUGAACCCGCCCGUGCCCAUCGCCCUUGCGAGCGGUGCCCGCGUCCACAAUGGGAAAUGAAGCCAGUUACCCGGAGGAGAUGUGCUCCCACUUCAACUCUGAUGAAAUCAAAAGGCUGGGCAAGAGGUUUAAGAAGCUGGACUUGGACUCUUCGGGCGCGCUGAGCAUGGAGGAGUUCAUGUCCCUGCCCGAGCUGCAGCAGAACCCAUUGGUGCAGCGAGUGGUCGACGUCUUCGACACCGAUGGCAACGGAGAAGUGGACUUCAAGGAGUUCAUCCUGGGGACCUCCCAGUUCAGUGUCAGGGGGGACGAGGAGCAAAAGUUGAGGUUUGCCUUCAGCAUCUACGACAUUGAUAAAGACGGCUACAUUUCCAACGGGGAGCUCUUCCAGGUGCUGAAGCUGAUGGUGGGCAACAACCUGAAGGACUGGCAGCUGCAGCAGCUCGUGGACAAAACCAUCAUCAUCCUGGAUCGGGAUGGAGACGGCAAAAUAUCCUUCGAGGAAUUCUGUGCUGUGGUUGGAGGCCUGGAGAUCCACAAGAAGUUGGUGGUGGUAGUGUGAGCUUUUAAGAGCACCACCCACCAACUCUUACUCCCUUUCUGUCUCUUUUAAGAUCAGCUGAAGGCAGCCCAGCAGCUGUCUCUCUGACUUAUUUGGAAGUGUUUCUCUUUGUGAAGCUGCAUUUUUCUAACACGAACCUCAUGACCAA